GUACAAGCGGUACAAGCGGUACAAGUACAGUACGUCCACCGAAGUACUGACGUUUCGUUGUGCCAUCGCAUGGCCGACGUGUGCAUUCCGAGGUUCACAUUCACGUGGUACCCGCUGUGUCACAAGUAUCACGUUUAAAACGUUGUAACUGUGGCAAACAUCAACAUCGUUGAUAAGAAUAGAAAAAUUCGUCAAUCCGGCCUUUCACAUCGACACGGGCCACUUUUACCAGAAUUCGUCUCCCGUCGGUGGUAAAAGAUUAAUUCGAUAGGAACCCGUAAACCGCGACCACGCGACACAACGCGCAGCAAUGUCCAACGAAGAGACUUCCGCCGACCGCAAUGUCGAGAUCUGGAAGAUCAAAAAACUCAUAAAAAGCCUGGAAAUGGCCAGAGGGAAUGGAACUAGCAUGAUUUCGUUAAUCAUCCCUCCUAAGGAUCAAAUAUCAAGAGUAAGCAAAAUGUUAGCGGAUGAGUUUGGAACAGCGUCAAACAUUAAAUCGCGUGUAAAUAGAUUAUCUGUUUUGGGUGCAAUCACAUCGGUACAACAUAGGCUAAAAUUAUAUACUAAAGUGCCUCCAAAUGGCCUGGUUAUAUAUUGUGGAACUAUUGUAACAGAAGAAGGAAAGGAAAAGAAGGUCAACAUUGAUUUUGAACCUUUUAAGCCUAUUAAUACUUCUCUUUAUCUUUGUGAUAACAAGUUUCACACUGAAGCACUAACAGCAUUACUUGCGGAUGAUAACAAAUUUGGUUUUAUAGUUAUGGAUGGUAAUGGAGCAUUGUUCGGUACUUUACAAGGAAAUACUCGUGAAGUCUUACAUAAAUUUACUGUAGAUCUUCCAAAGAAGCAUGGCAGAGGUGGACAGUCAGCUCUCCGUUUUGCUCGAUUACGUAUGGAAAAACGACACAACUAUGUUCGAAAAGUUGCAGAAGUGGCGACACAAUUGUAUAUUAGUAAUGAUAAACCUAAUAUUGCUGGUUUAAUUUUGGCAGGUAGUGCUGACUUCAAAACAGAGCUUAGUCAAUCCGAUAUGUUUGAUCCAAGAUUACAAGCAAAAGUUAUAAAGUUAGUAGAUGUUUCAUAUGGUGGAGAAAACGGUUUCAAUCAGGCUAUUGAACUAGCUGCUGAAUCCUUACAGAAUGUAAAAUUCAUCCAAGAAAAAAAAUUAAUUGGUCGUUAUUUCGAUGAAAUUUCCCAAGACACAGGAAAAUAUUGCUUUGGUGUAGAAGAUACAUUAAGAGCACUCGAGUUAGGCAGCGUGGAAACACUUAUUUGUUGGGAAAACUUAGAUAUUCAACGAUAUGUUUUAAAAAAUCAUACGAAUGCGGAGGAGAAAGUUUCACAUCUAACGCCAGAGCAAGAAAAAGACAAAACUCAUUUCACUGAUAAAGAGAGCGGAGUAGAAUUGGAACUUGUAGAGUGUCAGCCUUUGCUAGAAUGGCUCGCAAACAAUUACAAGAGUUUUGGUGCCACCCUGGAAAUCAUUACAGAUAAAUCUCAAGAAGGGUCUCAGUUUGUAAGAGGUUUUGGUGGCAUUGGAGGUAUAUUGCGGUACAAAGUGGACUUUCAGAGUAUGCAGUUGGAGGACGUUGAAAUUGAUAGUUUCGACCUGGAUGACUAUUAAAUCCGUGACACAACAGACAGUUCUUUUAGCUUCAGAGGAAAACAUAAGUAUAUGUUUCUCCCUUGCAUCAUAUUCAAGAGAGGCACAUAGAAAGACAUGUUUAUAAAAUUAUAAUAUGAUGCAACACAAUACACACACAAACACACACACACACAGAGAAAGAGAGAGAGAGAUAUGUACACACAUACACAUCAUGAAAUUAUUCAUUAGAGUUCAUGCAAGCAAUCAAUACACAAAAAGUGAGAAGCACAAGAUGUGGCGCGCCGAUAAUCCAUGUCUAUGAAGAAGAAAGGCAACUCGAAGACUGUGACACUUAAUUAAGCCAGCUUGAUACCUGCCUAUUC